AUUCCACAAAUAAAAAUAAUGGCAACAAAAAUGAUUUAGCACACUAAAAAUAACGUCCUUAUUAAAAUUAUUGUAGAAGAAAAAGUUUUGAAAUUAAUUUUACAAUAUUUUUUAUGUAGUGUGGCUGAUCUCUGGUAAUUUCCGCUUUUAAGUUUUAACAAUAUGGCUGCCAGUUGUUUAGGGUAAUGUGGCGUUCGACAAAUCCGAGUGAAAUUAUUAUAAUUUAUUUUAGCUUCUUAAAGAUGUAUAAAGUUCUAGGAGUUUUAUAGCAGUGUACAUGGAAAGGCAGUAAAAAUAUACUUUUAGUUGGUGAAUAAAAUUCUGAAUGCAGAGAAAAUUGCCUUAGAAAUUGAACAGUCAACAAACUUUUGUUUGUUUCGUCCUGUGAGUUUAUUUAUAUUUUUCUGGGAAAACUUGACUAUGCACUAAACGUAUAGUAAUUGAUAAAGUGCAACGGGGCCCGAACUAACAUUUUAGAUGAGAUUAAUGAAUAUUUAUGAAAUUUAUGACGUCUGAAGAAGUUUAAAGUUGCGAGUUUUAGAAUUGGAUUCAAACAGAACUUCCAGUAUGAAAUGUUAUGGCAAACUUGAAUUUCCAACAAGCUCCUAGAAGCCUAGCAAGUGGCGGGGUCGGUGGACGGGUUGGUUCAGGUUUGGUUGGCGGAGUAUCAGGACAUGUGACACCGACAUUUGGUGGCGCCCUGUCACCAGGACGGGGCUCCACUGCGAUGCCAGGGGGUGCACCACCCUCAAUGGCAUCUAGAUCUACAUUAUUUGGACAGCGAGCAUUUGCUGACCGUAGAGUACCUAUACCGACACCACUAUCACAAGCUAACUCAAAUUCUAUGUCAAGUAUGGCGAAUCUCUCCCGUUUUAAUGCGAACUAUCAUUCCGUGUUCGGCGAGGGCGGUGACACUUCAACACCGCCGCUGCUUGACCUCAGCGAGUUUCCAUCACUAACAGCCCGGGGUGCCGGCGACCAAGCGCCCGCGGCUGCGCCCCCACCACCCGGCUCAAAGCCCUAUGUUGGUAUGGUCAAACAGCCAACGUCGGAGCAGUCUGAAUUCACUAUGUCUUCGGAAGACUUCCCCGCCUUACCCGGCACAUCCACGGGAGCUGCGCCUCCUGACAAGCCCACGGAUUACACUCAUACAGACAAACCUAGAAAAGGCAUACAAACCUCCCCUGACGUUAUCAGUCAAGGAGCUAACACGGAAUAUUAUGGCAAAGUAACAAAUAUACCAGAGACAAUGAUUCCCAAUCAGUUUGGGAUAGUGGGUCUAUUGACAUUUAUAAGGGCUGCCGAGUCGGACCCCAGUCUAGUCUCGUUGGCACUGGGUCAAGACCUCACAGCCCUGGGCCUCAAUCUCAAUUCUCCGGACAAUCUAUACCUUACCUUCGCAGGACCUUGGGCUGAUACGCCUUGCAGGCCACAGGACAUGGAUUACCACGUGCCUCCAGAGUACCUGAUAAAUGGGUCUAUUAGAGAAAAGCUCGCACCCUUACGACUGAGUCGGUAUAAGGAAGACUUAUUAUUUUAUCUAUUCUACUGCUUCGUUGGCGAUGUACUUCAAAUUGCGGCAGCGGCGGAACUCUACAACCGCGAGUGGAGGUAUCACAUGGAAGAGAAGGUCUGGAUAUCUCAAGCCCCCGGCAUGCCCAUGGUUGAGAAAACAUCCACCUACGAACGCGGCACUUACUACUUCUUUGACGCGCACAAUUGGCGCAAGGUGGCGAAAGAAUUCCACUUAGACUACAGCAAGUUGGAGGGUCGGCCGCAAUUGCCGCCGCAUGUGCUCACGUAGCGCUUUCACACCUAUUGUAGUUUUGUUAUAUAAAAAAGUACAAGUUAAAAA